AACCGCUCAGUCUUCCUGUAUGUCUGUCAGAAAGAUGAGCGCGACUCUCGUUCAACCUCGCUACACUUCAGAUAUGCCGACAAUAAGGUGAUUUAAGCUUUUUUUCCAAAAAGAUGGGCACCGGCAAUAAGAGCAGUUAAUUGUGAGUCUAGUUUUAAAUCCAGACCCCGACGGUAGAAUUUCUUAAGUAUAAGCUACGCUACAUGUUAACGUUACCCAGACCAGACUGUGCAGCUGGCAUAGCUGAUUAACUCACAGCCGAGGGAUAACUGGCUUCUCUGGGGUUUAAACAAACCUGUCUUUCCAAAGAUGUCGUGGUUCAAUCAUGUCAGCCAAGGCUCAAAUCAGCAACCCGCAGACAGCCACAGACACACAGACAUGCUGUCUCACAACUUCAGAGGUCCGACAGAGGCAUCACCGACCUUUGCAGCACAACACUGGACCGGCUGCUCCACUCCCACCACGGAGGACUUUCCAUCAGCUCCGCAGGGUGUAGUGAGCCCUCCCAGUCUUGAGAACCUGUCCUGCGCCUCUCCCGGUGCAGGAAGGGUGAGAGAGCCGGAGCCCAUCUCCUAUGUGAGCCUCCAGGAGCAGCGGUGCGUCCUGAGCUGGUUCCAGGGCUGGAACGCCAACCAGAGGGAGCGGUUCCUGCAGGACCUCCUGGGCAAAGCUGUGCCAGGGAAAGUGUGCACCCUCCUAGAUUCACUCAGCACUCUGCAGGUUAAAGACAGACUACCAAACAUCUUUGAAUGCCAGCUGCGCCUGUGGACCCAGUGGUUUGAGUCUUGGGGAGAAGAGGAGAGGAAUCAUUUCCUGCACAUACUGGAAGAGCGGGACCCAGUUUUUGUUGCCCAUUUUUACAGGAGCGUAGCCGGUACAGCAGGAAGAGACUGACCAUUGUUUGCAUUGUAAUGGAAAUCAAGUGAAAAGUGUUAAAAGAGGUGAUGUGACAGGAAACUUGUGUUAGAGCUGAGAUACUUGUCCUUAGACAAAUGUUUGUGCAACUGUGAUGGGCUUUGCAAAGGUGAAACUUUUUCAUUAGGAAAAGAACUGUUCAUUCAAUAUAAGCUGUUUCUAUUCUGUUUCCUACACCAGUUUCACACAUUACACCAAUUUUUUUUAUAUGGCUCAAAUGUUUUCUUAAUGAGGUUAUCAUGAGUGAUGCUCUGUCAACUGCGUGAACUUGAAGUAAACAGGUUUAACAUCUGACUGUAACAUAAAUAAACUUCCAGGCCUGAUAUUUCCCUAGAGGGCCUAGAGUUUGAAAUGCCAGAAAUGACAUGGACAAGAGGAAAUGUUCUUUUUCAAACAUUAAAAAAAAAUAAACAAAAUGCAUUCUUG